AAUCCUCUGCCGCAGCAGCGCAGCCGGUAACCAGAGGAGGGGGGAGCACGGUCGGACGGGAAUGGACCGCACAGGCUAGGCUAGCCUACAGUGAGGCCGACAUAUCUCGGUCUUUAGAUACAUGAUAAUAUCACCGAGUCAAAACGAGAGUAGGACCAGAACGAGCCGAGUUUUAGCGAAGGCCAGACCCCCUCCUCUCUGUGUCUGCCUUCAGCCUACAGCCUAUUCACAGAUCCUAUCAAGCAGACCUCAUUCACAAACGGAGGUUUAGGUAUAUUUUCAUUUAAAAGCCGAAUUCGGUGUCGUUUAGCCGGCUGCCGGAUCCUGCGCCUCGUCCUGCCGGUUUCCUGCGCCCCGGUUCGCCCUUCAGCAGCGUCUCCGCGUCCCCGCUGUUCCUGUCAGCUGCUGCGCAUCAGCAAAACAUGCAGGAUGAGCCUGUGGGGGUGACAACCACGCAACUACCCCCGUCAACCGAGGAAAAGGACAGCGAGAGAAGCACGGUCAGCAAAUCCGGGCACCGAACCGACAACCAGGACAGCCAGCCGAGCUCCGUGACGCCGGAUUAUAACCAUCUGUACCAGAAGAGAGCUUUCCCCGAUUUCGAUCGAGAUCAUUUUUGCCCUACGCAGUCUCUGUGUGACCUUCAGCACAGCCGAAAAAUACAUCAGCAGUUAAGUCAGCACACUGAGUUUAGCCCCACAGAGUCGCCCCCACCCCAGAGACAUUUCGGUCACCUGCCGCAGAGGCAGCCCGGGCACAACGCUGCUGACCCCUGCGGCUCUCCAGUGGAAGAGGCUCAAGCCGAUGCUGCGUCGCCAUCGCCCACUUCUGUAAAUCCACACAAGAUCCAAAUGGACUCCCCCAUCGCCCACCAUAUAAAUAACGGCAAUGGCAGCAGCAGCAGCACCGGCAACAUGUUGUCCGGAGGUCUCAGCGCCGCUUUCCCGAACCUCCCCACCCAGGAGAUGCAGAGCGCCAGCGUAGGCUCGUCUUCACCCUCGAUACCUGGGUUCGGCACCCCGUGGUCCGUGCAGACCAGCUCCUCGCCCCCUCCCGCACCCAACUCCAUCAACCCCAUCCACGCCAACGCCAUUAACCAGAUGCCCAACACGGACUCUGACAACAGCUUCUACCCAGGUAUCCCCUCCUCCAUCAACCCGGCCUUCUUCCAGAGUUUUUCGCCAGUGUCAGCUAAUCCGUGCGCCGGGAUUAAUGUGCAGGGCUUCAGCGGUCCUUUCUCGCCCCAGAUAAACGUCCCUCAGCAGGCGCAGAGUCGCAGGUCCCCGGUCAGUCCCCAGAUGCAUCCCCAGCAGGGCGCCUUCCUGCAGCAGAGGAACAACUACAACCAACAUCAGCCCAUGGUGAAGCAGUCUCCCUGGGGCAGUCACCAGGGGAACGGCUGGGGUUCGGGGGGGAUGUCCUGGGGCCGAGACCACCGCAGAGGGAGUGGCAUGGGCGUACCUGGCUCAGUCAGCCACGUCUCGCCUCUGAAGAAGCCCUUCUCGAGCAACAUCAUCGCUCCACCCAAGUUCCCACGCUCUGGAGGAUCACUGGGGCCUAAAUCCUGGAUAGAGGAGAACAUGUUUCGCACAGACAGCAACAGCAACACUCUGUUGCCCCUGCAGGACCGCACCAGAAUGUAUGACAGUCUGAACAUGCACUCCCUGGAGAGCUCUCUGAUCGACAUCAUGCGGGCCGAGCAGGAUCCGAUGAAAGGCCGUGUGGGAUGCCCUAACCCCGGGGCUGACGGCCUACUCAUGCUCAAUGCCAGGAGCUAUGGGAGACGUCGAGGCCGCUCCUCCCUCUUCCCUAUUGAUGACAAUCUCCUCGAUGACGGCCACGGCAACCAGGGCGUCCCAGGAGUCCUCGGCUCCCCCAACUGUUACCCCCACCAAAACGGGGAACGCAUUGAGCGCUUCUCCCGCAAGGUGUUUGUGGGAGGUUUGCCCCCUGACAUAGAUGAAGAUGAAAUAACCUCAAGCUUCCGCCGCUUUGGUCACCUGGUGGUGGACUGGCCACACAAAGCAGAGAGCAAAUCCUACUUUCCACCUAAAGGAUAUGCAUUCCUGCUGUUCCAGGAAGAGAGCUCAGUGCAGGCUCUGAUUGAAGCCUGCAUGGAGGAGGACGGGAAGCUCUACCUGUGUGUCUCCAGCCCCACCAUCAAGGACAAACCUGUGCAAAUUCGACCUUGGAACUUGAGCGACAGUGACUUUGUGAUGGACGGAUCUCAGCCCCUUGAUCCCCGCAAGACCAUCUUUGUGGGAGGCGUCCCUCGCCCCCUGAGAGCAAUUGAGCUGGCCAUGAUUAUGGAUCGUCUCUACGGUGGAGUGUGCUACGCCGGCAUUGACACCGAUCCGGAGCUCAAGUACCCCAAGGGGGCGGGGCGAGUGGCCUUCUCCAAUCAGCAGAGUUACAUCGCUGCCAUCAGUGCGAGAUUCGUCCAGCUGCAGCAUGGAGACAUUGACAAGCGGGUGGAGGUGAAGCCGUACGUCCUGGAUGAUCAGCUCUGUGAUGAGUGUCAGGGUGCACGCUGCGGAGGGAAAUUUGCUCCCUUUUUCUGUGCUAAUGUCACCUGUCUGCAGUACUACUGCGAAUUCUGCUGGGCCAACAUCCACUCCCGCGCAGGACGAGAGUUUCACAAGCCGCUGGUCAAAGAGGGAGCCGACCGCCCGCGCCAGAUUCACUUCCGCUGGAACUAGAGAUGCGACCGCGGCCAUGGCGACACAGUCAGAGGGAAGGGGAACGAAACACUGGCUAACAGGAAAAAGAGUAUCGCUCUGCCUCUCCUGCUUUCCUAAGCUAUCAGUAUAAUCGAGUACGUAACACUAUACAGUAUAUACUAUAUAUAUCUAUAUAUCUUUUGUAGCAGCCAAACACCACAAGCCUCAGUUUUUCACCAAAACCCCCCUCACAUCUCAGGCUGACAACUCUACAACUCUUUUGUGGUACUUUCAUCUUUUCUAAGAGGAGAUUUAAAAAAGAGAUUGAUUUUUGUAGGUUUUUUUAUUAUUAUUAUUUUUGUAUGUGAGAUUUAAAGUAGAUAUGGGAAUGUUUUUUGCAUGGGGGCAGCUUGUCUGUCUGUCUGCUGCUAGCCACCCCAACAGUGCGUGUAGUGCACACUUGUUUCUGGGAAAACCUUGAUUCUCCAAUGUUGACACCGGCCCCAGGUCAUUAACCAAAGGUAGCAAAAAGAUAGGAAGCAUACAAAUUGACACAUUUUCUGACGCAAAACAAACGGUUGUUUUUAACGUUGCCAUGGGCUCUUACUUCCUGUGAGAGAGUUUAUUAAAAACAAAAAGACAAUAGGGUUAUUUCUGCGCUCACACUGACCCAUAGAGUGAUACCUCAAAAUACUAAAUCUGGUUUCUGCUAACCGUAUUCAACAUUUAUACUUAAACAAGCUAUUUUAGAAGCUUCGCUGCUAUAUAUACAUAUAUAUGAAUAGAUGUGUAGGUAUUAUAUUUAAUGCCAUUUAUAAACCAGAAUCAUGUAAAAUGAAAUGCAGUAUGCACUCAACCACUAUUGGCCCCCAUUGCCAUGGAAAGUGCAUGUUACGACAAUAGGCUUAGCUACACAACUAGCAUGCAGGAAAAACACUGAGAAAAAAACAAAAAACAAACCACUGAAAUCAUAAUUAAAGAAAAUAAAUUCUAUAGCGAGUAGCAUGAACAUCUAUUACAGAUGCUUACGAGGGAAAAAAAAUCAGACAAAGCUAAAUAACUGAAAAAAAAAACCAUAUUUAAACUUGCAUGCAUUGAUGUUUAUCUGUUGUUUGAUCCGUUUACAUACUUAACGAUACAAAAAGUGAUAUUGGUUCUACUGUAGACUUAGUGGACGCCAUCAUUUUGUGACACGGUGGCUUGUAUGGCAAAAAAAAACUCCUGUUGAGAAGCAGAGUGGUGUUCAGUGGUUUGUGUUUGUGUCGUCCCUGUGCGUGCUGUGUGACUGUUUUUAGUCUAGACUGAGGCUCUAGUUUAGUUACCAACAGAUUCUGUAGAGGAGAAUUUAACCAUUGAAAUGACUCUGCCUUCACCCUUCCUAUCCCGCAUCUCUGUGUGGCUCCAAAGGUCAAUCCGAGACAGCGUCACCCCGGCAGACCAAACAAAAGACUUGAUCAGUUUGGAAGACUUAAAGCUACAGUUGGUGACUUUUACAAAAAAUAACUUUUUGUCAUAGUUGCUGAAAGUGUCACUUUAUCCUAACAGUAGUACAUGAGACAGAUAAUCUGUAAAAAAAAUUUAAAAAAAAUCCUUUCAAUCUUCCUGUUGCUCCUCAUGGCACUGCAAUGCAUGAAUCCACCACAUCUGAACAAAAACAACCAAUAGGAGCUCGGAGGAUUCUCUGAAGCCCCUUUCCCACUGCACAAAACACCCACAAACAUCCGCUAACAUCUGGCUCACAAUCUGCAUUUACUCCCGGGUCAAAUGACUCUGCAGUAGUCACAGGUUUUUAUUGGCUCCGGCUCUGAUCAGCAGUGAUGGAAAUACGACAUCCAGGUGGACGCACUAAUUUUAGUUCCUUUGCUGGCGCGAUGCAGUGACUCUGAGUUUGAUUUCAGUUGCUUUCACUUUAAAAACAAAAGACGGACGGUGGACCUUUGCCUUGUACGUAUUUGUUGGUAAAGGAGUUUUUUCAUUGCUGCGUGACAGCAUACAUGAGGAGGCGACACUAGAUUUCCUAGGAUAGCAUCCAUUGGUUUGUGGAGUCCCAUUUUGAAGCCUCAAGUUCAGCAUUUCAGCCGUCACCAUCUUGGUUAUUUGGGCAAAAGGCUGACCCUGUGGAGCGAGGGGUGGAUCUGACUGGAAAAGCGGCCCCGCCCUUAAUUAUGCGUACCUUUUAGCCUUAAUAACAUUUAAACCGAUGAGUCGUAUAGAAAUUCAAAUGAUUCUGUGCGCCCCGUUCCUCUGUCUUAUCAUGGGUGUGUCCCGCCGCCACAUUUUCUUCACUGAUGCUCGGUCAAACGUCUCUAAAGGCUCUGACAGAUGUGAAAAAUGCAGAAAAGCAAACCUGUUCUGAAAAUUUUAAUGAUGGAGGAAAGUUUCGGACUCAGAUUGCAAACAUGUUUGACACCACAUGAAGUUGUAUUUAUUUUUAGACGUGUAACAAUUUCAGUCAAAAAAAACAACGGACUAAAUGUGCAAGUAGGGCCAGUCAUGCCUUCGUUAUCCAAGGAAACGCUUAUUCGUACGGGGGAGGGGACCAAGCAGUGAUUGAUAUGUGUUGGAGACUCCUCCUGGCUCUGAUUGGUUGUUUUCAGUCAGGCAUGGUGGAAUCUUACCAGUGCCAUUAGGAUCACUAUGAAGACCUUUAGGAACAUGAUUUCAUCACAAAUGAUCUGUCUCAUGCACUCCUGUCAGGAUAUAGUCAAUGUUUCAGCAACUGAAACAAAUCUUUAAGAAGUGACCUACUGUAGCUUUAACUGGGAAAAUGGACUCUCUUAAUGAGUCGUUGAAUCAGUCAGGCUUUCAUGCUGUUUGGCUGCAGCUCUGUGAAAAAGACAAAAGUAUCUCUGCAUCUCCUCGUCGAGCUUCUACGACAAGGAUGAUGACACUUGGUCUCUUGGCGUGCUUAAGAUGAAACUCUCCUCUCCUUGUUUGUGUUGUUUGAUUUCCACCAUGAACCCUUGAAUUACUUAAAAAUUAUAUUAAAAAAAUAUUUAGGGACAAUCUUUUCGUGAGGAUGGUGGCCCAGCCAUCCAUUUGGUACUGUACAAGUAUGUCGCUCUCGUGUUGUCGUGGUUUUUGUGUUCCACGCCCCGGUGUGUGCUCCUCAGUAUCGGUGUUCAGGCGUCAAGUGUGUACUGUUACAAAUCCGUAAUGGAACUCUACGUUUAUUUACUUAUAGUUGAGUCAGAUCAUUUAAUUUGUUUGUGUCAACUACUUACCCAUCACUGGCCCUUCAACAUGUUUUUAUAAUAUAUAUAUUAUGCACUACUUUUCUAUAUCCCUGCUUGUUUUAUUUCUUAUCCACCCCCUUACGUGAUUUCAGUGCUGAUUCUCUGAAACCUCCACCUAUUUAUAAUUCUACAGAUGAUUUAUUAAAUUUUUAUUUUUUCAUGAUUACUUAUUUAAGAUGUAGCGUGAAGCAGUGGUCUUAAGUUAUCUAUGUUCUGUAUGAGUAGAGCAGGAAUCCAAUAUUUUCUAAUAUAUUCUAAUGUAGUCUGGGUGUUGUGAGGACGGGGAGUCAGACUGGCGUUUGAUGGAGGUGAAAGUCUAAAGAGCGAGCUCCCGUCGUCUCACCGUGGCUUUAGUUCUCAUGAUGCGAACAUGUUUGAAUAUCGUCACCUGUAACACUUGACUCGUGCUGUUUUUGUGAGGUUCUAUUUUCUAUGUUGAACACUGUUACUUUGUUCUGUAUGUGUCUUUGUUUUUGUAAAAAUCAUAUUUAUUUCACUAUUUUUGUAGACAAAAAAAACUAUUUGAUUUUGAUUGUAUUUUUCUAUUUAAAUAGGACUAUUAUACAAUUUAUUUCUCCCCCUGUGCUAAUUACGUCCAAAAGUUCUGUUCAAAGACAAAGAAUCAUGUCAUUAGUAACAACAUCAAAGUUUUUUGAUAUACAGUUGAUUCUUAUUUUGAUACACAUGACACAUUUCAUUUGAAGGAAGGAAACAUGAAGGUUUUAUUAUAUUCUUGGAAGACACUUGAGAUUCUCCCCUGUUGCAUCGAGGCCCCAGCUGCCUGUCCUCGUAGAUGCUCUGAAACUUGAAUAUAACACAUUUUGAAAGGCUGACUAACCUCGAAUCUGUGUUGUGAUGUGCAAUACUGUUUCUAAUGUUUGUAUAAAAGUAAGAACUACAGUGUAAACCUUUUUAAUGCAGAUUUAUUUUUUUCAUUGCAUAUUUUGCAGAUUUCUGAUCCACAGUGUCAUUUUUUACUGUCAGAAAAAAAAUAAACCCCGUUUUUUCAUUGCAACUAUUUUUAAAUCCAGAUAUCUUUGUACUGAUGUAAAUGAUUGUAGUUAUUUUGGAUAGUGUUUUGCUAACAAAAGGAGAGACUUUUUCAUGCAUAUUUCUAUUUCAUUUCAUCUUGUUUUAUCCCACGUUUUUAUUUCGUUUAAUAGUAGCAGAGUUCUUGGAAUAAUUUUUCAUAUUUAAAUGUCAUUGGUAUUAUUUUGUAUUUUUAUGUGGAAAUACACUAUAUAUAAAUUUAAGAUGCUAAUUGCUAAGAUAUUAUUUUGAGUUUAAUUAUUUUUAAAGCUAAAUAUUUGUAAUUUUAUUGUUAAAGUGACUAAUUUCUAAAUCAGAGUUUGUGUAUAGAUUCACAAAAGUGGUUUAUGGGGUGUUUGGAUUGUAAUUAUUACUGAAUGGUUCUUUGAUAUGCAAAAUGAAUAUCAUGUUUAUUUUUAUUUUUGUUGGUUUUGUAUUUAAAUGGGGUGUUGAUUACAAUCUUUUUUUUCUUUCACUUCCUGAAUAAAGACCCAUUCUGUUUGGACACAACAUGGCUGCUGCUGCUGCUGUGUGAGUUUUAACGAAGUCGUAGGGCUGCUGUGAAACUGCGCUGACUUAGGGUAACAAAAUUUUUUUAUGUUGGGUGUGUGGGUACAAAGGACAACCCAGAAAGGAUGGCAGAGGAGAUACAACUGGAUUGGACAGCCACAAUUAAAUAAUUUGCUCAAGUGCUGUACUGAAGUACAAUUUCGAGGUACUUAGACUCAGUAAGUAAGUACAUUUUAUUUAUAAAGCCCAGUUUGAAACAAGAGUUAUAAGGUGCUGGACAAUAAAGACGUUGAGGUAAAAUAAUUACAACAUUUAGAAACAUGAAAGACAUUCAAACUGUGCAAAGUAAUAAUAAAAAGAACUUGAAACUGCACAGGGGGCAGGUACACAUAAAACAAAGUGCUUACAUAACAAAUUAGUUUUAACAGCUUCCUACAAAUAUCCACUGACUCAACAUUUUUAAUAGCUGAGGGAAAACGAUUCCAAAGAGUGGGAGCUCCAACUGCAGACGCAUGUUCACCCUCAGGUUUUAGUAGAGAUUUCGGGACAGCCAGAAGAUUUUGAUCAGGAGAAUCAUUAUUUCCAUUUUCUGCUGCUUUUACUAACUUCAGAGGGAAAUAUAUAUUUUUAGCGCACUACAUAAAUUCGGCAGCUGUAGUUAGCAAUUAC